AGGAUAUCCGGUCUGUGUGUGGACGGCUGCUGUUGUUAAGUCUCUCAGAUUUGACAGAAGAAACAUGGCGACGUUGCGGUGUUCUCUGUGAGGUGGAGUGCUGAAGACGGUGACAUCACUUUGAAUCCCAAGCUUGACCCCUUGCUUUUAGUGGGCUCACCACACAUCUGAAUGAAUAUCCUGCGGGUUGUGACAGCCAAAAAUGAACUGUCACCUGCGAUCAAGAAGCUCAAGGCAGCCAGUGGGGAGGAAAAGCCGUGCCCCUUGAGCUUUGAGAAGGCGGAGCUUAAGCAGAAACUAAGCCCCUUACAGUAUCGGGUUACACAGGAGAAAGGAACAGAGAGAGCAUUCAGUGGGAAGUACGUCAACUGGAAAGAUGAGGGAGUGUUCACCUGCAUUGUCUGUGGUAACCAGCUGUUCUCAUCCGAUAAGAAAUUUGACUCUAAUUCAGGAUGGCCGUCUUUCUAUGAUGUCGUCGAGCAGGGCAAGGUCACGGUCAAAGAGGAUGUCACUCAAGGUCUGACAAGGCUGGAGGCUAAAUGUGCAGCCUGCGGGGCCCAUUUGGGGCACAUCUUUGAUGAUGGCCCCAAACCCACCGGCAUUCGUUACUGUGUUAAUUCUGCGUCCUUGGACUUCCGAAAGCACACCACAGUCUGAUGGAAAGCCCCGCGACAUGAUGAUGUGGUGUACACGGUGCUUUAUAUACAUCCUAGUCAUGAUGGGUGUGUCAUCUGUGGCCUAGUUCACCUUUCACCUUCUGUGGCCAGUCAACCUUCACCCUUUGUUGCUCGACCUUUUCUUCUCAUCCAGUUGACCUUGACAUCUGACCUGGCUGACCUUCACCCUGGUGUUGGAUCAGUAGGUAACUCCACCUCAAGAGUAAGCAGCUGGUAUUAGAAACUGUUCUUAGAUCUUUUCUCUUAACUAAAUGAAAGACUUUUUCCCUCCUCAAAAGAUACUCAAUUUUGAGCAGCAACAGCUUUUUUGUUGUAUACCCAUUGUAUUGUUUUUGACCUUUAGAUUUUAACCUUUAUACUAUUAAUCUUGAUGCCAUGCUUUUUGUGGCUUCAUUCUCUAUACCAUAUUCACCAUCGUGACUUUUAGACUCUCUUUUGCUAGCCCGUAUGAUAGUUUCUUUUCGCUAUCAUACUUUAAAAUCUAUACCCUUUAGUAUUCUGUCUUGUUGAUAUUUCUAUGUGGUGUUAUUGAUUGUGUGCAGAAGACACAUAUGAUGUAAGAAGAAUAUGUAGUGUCUGACUGAGAGAGCCUGCACUUUGUUAUCACCACACACUCUCUUCCUAAAAACCUCUCUUCAAUAAUUGAUCGAGUUUUCUUUGAUAAAUUGGGGUCUAGAUUACAGUGUGCAGCUAGUAAUGUUAUCACAAUGGACAGGACCCCAAACGAGUGUUACCGGAUCAAUACAGUAGGAUCACAAGCAAAUUUUGAUCGUGAUAAUUUUUCAUUGUUUAGAAGGUUGUUUUGAUUGACAGUUCUGGGAGGUUUGUUGUUGUCUGUAUUAAAAACUGUCCAGAGGAAAGAGUGUUAUCCACAGUGCAUAUAAGACAUUGAAACUGUUUUGUUGUGGAACAGUGUUACAAUUUAGGCAUGUUUAAGACAGUCAGUGUUUAAGAGUAGAACUGCUCUAUUUCUAUUAUGACCACAAUAGCAUUACUGAUUAACAGACAGAACGUGUAUGUAAAACCACAUGAAAUUUUGCCUGUCAGCAUUUUUUGCCUGAUUAUGAGAAUUCAAGUAUUAAUCUUUAAGAAAGGCGUUUUGAGGUUUGUUUGGAAGAGUCCUAUCCUACUUGAAAAAAAAAAUAGUAUCAACACUGAAAGAAACAUUUUAUAACAUUUAUUUGACUGUAAAUGCACUCAUUUGGGCGAAAUUUUAGUUUGUGUACUGUAUUCAUGUACUUUGUGACCAUGCAGAGAAACCUGUACGGACACAGCUGUCAUGGUUUUUCAAAUCACACCAGACAUUAUCAUUUGUUUGGUACUAACACGUAAAACAGCUAGCUGCCCACUUUGUUGAUUCAUUUUCUUGUGAUGUUUUUUUUUUUUUUGUAAAAAUGUCAGGAUGGACAUUGCCACCAGACAACAAAACGCUUAUUUAAAAUUAUAAACUGAUUGGUUUAUGAGAGAUACUGUGAAAAAAUGUGGUACAUGAAGGAGGGACAUGUUCAGUUGAAGUCAGAAGCAUUAGGUUUUUUUUUGUCUAGUCCUGAUAACUAGUCAUUGUUUUUUUUGUUUUGUUUUUUUUUUAUCGGAAUUGGAAUGGUUUGAUGUGUAGAAUUGGGAAUCUUUUUCUAGUUUCUUUAGGCAUAACACCACAGUGUAGAUAAUGUUGCAAUGAACAAAAUUUUCAUGUUUUCAUGAGCGAGAAAAAAUAUUUUUGGAUUCUUAGACCUGAAACCUUCGAAACUUGGAAGAUGGCUGUGCAGUUGACGUUGCACGUACAUGUACACACAGGACAAGUAUCAUUACAUAAUAGACUCAGUUAAGACUAAAUAUAUUACUGGUGGAAAUUUUAUAGGCCCAGCAUUACCUAUUGCUUUACCCUAAAUGACGUUAAAUUUUGCCCAUGACUAUCUUGCCCAGUUUUCCUGAUUCUGAGAGUUCUGUUGAUUUUAGAAAGGUGUUUUGAUGUUUGCGUGAAACACAAGAUGAUAUUCUACUGGCAAAUUGUAAGUUUCAGCACCAGAAGUAAUUUUUUUGUGCCAUUUAUUUGCCCCGUACAAAUGCAUUUUUGUGGGCGAAAUUUUUAGGCCAUUUAGGGUACUUGUGGUAGACUUAGUUUUAAGCAUGGUAUAAGUGUAUAUGAACAACUCAGGAGGUGUAGAUAGACAAUGUGUAUAGAGUUACGUAGAGCUAAAGUGUACGUGGAAUGGUUGAAAGGCUGAAAGGCGGCGUCAGCAGUAGGUAAACAGCUUCAAGGGCUGCCUGAAGUGAGCAGAUUUGUCAAGAGACUUGAUGGCUGAGAUAUGGUCUCCUGUAGUCUAGCGAGGGAUUCAUUUACUAACAGUGCAUUACUAUUACUGCAGGACAUAGUUUUGUUUUGACCUGUAUGCUAAUUUAUUAACGAGUAAUCCUGAUAUUUCAUGUUCAGCUGAGAUUUAUAAAUAAUCGUACUAAUUAACUCAAGCACGCUUCCUGCAAAGGUUAUUGAAGUAGAAAUAGGCUUACAUGUGUUGAGAAUAAGAAGGUGGAGUAUUUAUUUUUUUUUUUUAUUAAAGGGCAUGAUAUGGGAAUUACAGAAAAAAGGAGACAUAGUUUUGGAGAUAAUGCAAGAGACCGGAUAAAGUCUGGCAUAAAAGUUGCUGAUACAUGCAUGCUUGCCUUGAAAUGGCACAACCAGACGACUGAAUUGUACAUUUGGUGGUAUUUAUUGCCCAUUGCUUGCCUUUAUGAGUACAUGUAACUGCG